AUGAGAGGAAAGAUAGAGGCGAGUGUCUGGUUGUAUUUAAUGACACUGCUGUACGCAAGAAUGACUUUUUGUGGAAAGGGGCACAUUUCAGAAGCCGAUAGCAAACAUGAAGGUAAUUACUGUAUGGUGCAUGGUAGAGGUCGUGUAUUUGAUGCAUUUGAACUGAUUUAAGUAACAAAUAUGUACCACGGGGUGGUUUGUUAUGGUUUGUUCAUCUAAGAUCGACAAAUAAAAAAACAAAAAACAAAAAAACAAAAAAGCAAACAAUCAUUGGAAAUGCGUUCAGUUGGUUACGGUUUUGAAAAGUCAGUCUGUGUAAGUGCAGGUUCAAGUAGGCGUUUUACAAAAGUUUGGCCAUAACUCGUCGCGCAAACUGACUGUUACUCUGUAAUGUGAAAGGUUACUAAUCUCUCGCUAUUCAGAUGUACUGUUGAACAUGAGAUACUUUUCAGCUCUCUAUCAGACAUAGCUAGCAUUACUCCGUCUAGGUGCUGGUCUAACACCACUUAACCUGUUUUCUCCCAUGGUUAACUGAAUGACAAAUGACUCGGACAGGGCAAUGAGAUGUAACUAACCUCCUGCCAGUAUUUUAUUCAAGCGUUAAAUUCGACUGGAAUGUGGAAUGGUUCUCAUAAUUUUUUCGCAUUUGUUAGAACAUUUGACAUGCUCAUACAGGCAGAAGUUUUCUGAAUGUCUGUCACAUGGAAAUCCAAGUUAUCAAUCAGUUGAGAUUUAGUUUUUUUCCUAAGCCAACAAGUUCCUUGUUUCAUUCUCAACAGCAAAUAUUUCCUCAGGUAAAUUUAAUAGAAGAAGGGAUUUUGUCAGUCGCUUACCGAAUGUAGCUCUGAGGGGAAAACAAAUCCAGUUGCAAGCUUCUUCAGAUGAGAAAGUCGAAGAGAUCGAUGAAGCUGUGGUGCGACCAGCAACACCCGCCAAACCAGUGGCUGACUCACUCGUUGAAAUUUUCGAGGAAAAUUUUCCUAAUAAACCUCAAGAAGGCAAUUUUAAUAAAUCUCCCUUUGUAAACAAGAAUUCUACUUUGACUUUCGCAAAAUCCAAAUAUCUCACGCCCAAAGUAGUAUUUUUACAUAGUUCUUCUGGAAAGGCGCAGGUGACUGAAAAGAUACAAAAGUUUACAAAUGCUCAUGCAUCUUCCAGCAAGUCCAGGAUUAUAUCGCGUGUUUCCAUUCCUGGGAAACAUGGACCGUUUAACAGUUCUGUUUUUUCCUGGCCCACCCGGAUACCCUUUCGCGGAUAUCAACUUCAGACAAUUGCCUCGGCGAACCAAAGAAAUCAUGGAGGGAUAGUUAAAGCGAACAAGGCAAAUUUGAUGGAUAGGGCAAGGAAUGGGAUUAAUCAAGAUGAACGCGUCGUUAUUUUACAUAAGCCUAUUAUCAGCAGGGUUCUGGACAAUAAUUCGAGCCUUAUUCGAACGCUUUCUCCAAGCAAAGGAGUUAUACAUAGCACGCCCAUAAGUCUUCCACUUAAAAAUGUUCUACCGACCAAUUUUCCUAAAGACGCCUCCUUUGAAAAGACAGUAACUGACAAUGAAAACAUCCAUGUUAUCAAAGGAAGUCCCAAGAGUGUUUCGCCACCAUCACAAUUAUUCAGCGUCAAGAAUAUGUUGCCCGUUACAAGAAAGGUGGAAAAUAUUCAAGAGGAACCUGAAGUUUUUGAUGGCUUAACUCAUAAAAAUAUUUACAAGCAAACUAAAACAAGUCAUUUUCUCACGAAAGACGGUCAUGCAAGUAAAGCUCACAAUGUCAGCAUAGGAAUCUUACCCUCAACAGCGAAAAAAGUUUCGUUUCACAAAAAUCUGUCUGGAGAAGGCAAAUCUCCACACGUUAAUUUAAAAAGCGAGACUCACUCCAACCAUCACAUGAAACCAAAACUAGUACAUUCCAAUAAUGUUUGGGCAAAUGUAAAAAGUAACACAAGUUUACACUUAAAAAGUGGAACCGGCGUUGAUUUGCUUAAAAUUAAACCCAAGGACAAAUUUCUGGUGGCUAAUCAUAAUGUCACACGUGGUAAACAUGUCUCAUGGCCGAUCGACGUCCACCUAGGGAGAAAUGAUACUUCCCUUAACAACACGAAACUGAAGGGAAAUUUUACUUUUCCUAUAAAUCCUGCGGCCAAAAAACAUUUUGAUGACUUAAUCAAGUUUUUUAACAGUUUCAAUUCUUCCUCCAACAAAACUUCCACUGAAUAUUCCAAACUACAGCAAAGGUUAGGCAAGAACUUCACUUGUGAGGCUAAAGUCAAAAUGAGACAUCGUAUUAUGGAAGAGAGCCUACAUAAAAUAUUGAAAUUUAUUCGCCAAAGGAAAAGGCCACACCCAAAUGGCACUAGUGAGGAGCAGGGGUGGAAGACAGAGGAACCUCAUUUGAAGCACAACCUUCUUUUGGAGAACGAGACGCGACUGUUGGAAAAAGGGUGGAGAAAAAUAAUAAAGAGCAAGGGAUUUGGUUCCGUCAGAGGCUCACCUCUGAUAAAUAGUCACCCGCGAUUGAAUCACACAAAGUCAUGGUCGACGAAUAAUAACUUAAGGAUAAGUGCGGGAAAUACCUCUGAUGAAAACCUGCUGCAACUGAUGCAAAAUGCGAGCCAAAAAGAGCUGUUGCGACUAGAAGAGGACAUCAUUAAUGCAUUAAGCUUCGUUAGGUCGUGGAAUUUGUCAAAACCGAACAAAAACGAAAGACCGCAACAACAGUAUGGUACUAAUUUCCAUCAUACUAAGUACAGCAAAAAGCAUCAACAUAGGGUGCACAGUGACAAUUACCGACAAGAACACCAUAAACAAAGGGAACCAGCUACUAAACAAAAAACGCAAAAAAAGCAGCUAACAAAACAUUUGGAAAAUACACUCGAACAAACACAGCUCCAGAUUAUGAGAAACAUGAGAAAUGCCAGCCGGAAGGAACUUUUGAAACUGGAAAACGACAUCAUAAACGCGUUGAGUCACGCAAGGUUGAUAAAUGUCACGCACCCGAAUGAAAAACAAAGCCUCAGAAAACUUAAUCACAUAAAUAUGACGGAUAAAGAUGAAUUAGAAAACAAAAUUUCCAUUUUAAAGAAGGGGAAAGGCCCAACUCGGUUAUUUUACCACCAGCGCUUAAGACGAAAUAUAGUCCCUCCAGGAAAAUUUCUGAUACAAAGGCUUCGCAUUUUGCGAUCGGAGACAAAGCUUAUCAUAAAAGACCUAGUUUCGUGGAGGUUGAGGUCCAAGACGGAACCAGAAAUUUACCGGUACAUUUUGAUAAGGAUUCUCCUCUAA